AACAGUAGAAGAGUUAAAGAACAAUGAGACUCAAUGGAAAGAUUCUCCCCUGGCUGCCAGACACAGAGAGAUGCUGAAACGUUGCAAAACCCAGCUUAAGAAAUUGGUGCGUUGUAAAGCCUGUUCAGACGCCGGGCUGCUGGAUGAAAACUUCCUCAGAAGAUGCCUAAAUUUUUAUGGAAUGGUAAUACAGCUGCUGCUGCGGAUCAUGGAUCCUUCCUGGCCAAAUAUGACUAUGCCUUUAAAUCCGGAGGUUCCGAAGAUGUUUGCUGCACUGCCAGAGUUUUAUGUAGAAGAUGUAGCUGAAUUUUUGUUUUUCGUUGUACAAUAUGCUCCUCAGGUUCUUUUUGAGCCCUGUACUCAAGAUAUUGCAACAUUCCUGGUGGCUUUGUUGUGCAACCAGAACUACAUCCGAAACCCUUACCUUGUGGCCAAGCUUGUGGAAGUCAUGUUUGUAACUAACCCAGCUAUUCAGCACCGUACUCAGAAGUUUUUUGAAAUGAUAGAGGGACACCCUUUGUCUAUAAAGCUCCUUGUGCCCUCGCUGAUGAAGUUUUAUACAGAUGUUGAGCACACAGGAGCUACCAGUGAGUUUUAUGAUAAAUUCACAAUUCGUUAUCACAUCAGCACCAUUUUCAAGAGCCUUUGGCAAAACCCAGCUCAUCACGGCACUUUUAUGGAAGAAUUCAAUUCCGGUAAACAGUUUGUCCGCUACAUAAAUAUGCUGAUUAAUGACACUACAUUCCUAUUGGACGAGAGCUUGGAGUCUCUUAAACGUAUCCAUGAAGUACAAGAGGAGAUGAGAAACAAGGAACUCUGGGAUCAGCUGCCACGGGAUCAGCAACAAACUCGUCAGUCCCAGCUGGCUCAGGACGAGCGAGUCUCUCGUUCUUAUCUUGCCUUAGCAACAGAAACCGUGGACAUGUUUCACAUCCUUACCAAGCAAGUUCAGAAGCCUUUUUUGCGACCUGAGCUGGGUCCUCGGUUAGCAGCUAUGUUGAACUUUAACUUGCAGCAGUUAUGUGGACCUAAGUGCCGAGAUCUGAAGGUGGAAAACCCAGAAAAAUACGGAUUUGAACCUAAAAAGCUUUUGGAUCAAAUCACGGAUAUCUAUUUGCAUUUAGACUGUGCAAGGUUUGCAAAGGCCAUUGCAGAUGACCAG